GGAGGAGCAGGGGAGUUUUCAGGCCCUCCCACCAGCUAUAAACCCUGACGCAGACGGAAACACUCAGACAGCAGGCACACGUGGAGCAUAGCGGCAAAGAGAGAGAAAGUCAAACUGCUGCCACAGGCGGUGAGUCAUUUUUGCAGCCAGGACCGAAGCAGCCAAAUUGACUUGAAGGCUGCUUGACGUAAAUCAACAGCACAUCCGCUGGUGAGACUUCAGCAUGCCGUUUUAGCUCUACGUUCUUCCAAAGGAUUUAACUAGAUGAAAAACUGAUUCUUGGGAUGUGAAGAGAAGACGAGGAUCCUGGAAGCUGCAGCCACCUGUUGCAGUGCAGAUUUAGCAUCAACCAGUCAAAAUCAUUUAGGGACAGACUGUCUAUAGUUGCCUUUGAUCAAACUGCUUCCUGUAACAAACCUGUCAAAAGAAGAGAUUUGCCAGGACCCCCACUGACCCCAGCUGGCAAACCAUUACUUUGGUAAAGAUGACUUUCGCUAUGCUGCGCACGGCGCCUCCAGCAGGCCGCUUCUUGUAUGGUGACAUCGCUCUCCUCUCCGAAGAUGAUGAUGAGAAUGGCAGCGAAGGCUCAGGCUCAGAGGAACGCUCCACCAAUUCUGCUGCCUUCCGCCUGUCAUCCUCAUCCCCGUCUGCCUUUCACAUCAAGAUGAACAGGAAGAGGAAGCUGUGUGUAGGAGGUGGAGGCGGAGGGGUCGAGGCCGUUCUAGGGAGGCUCGGAGUCCCAGGCUCAUCUCCCCCUACUGAAAUCCGCCAGAGGACAGCGGCCAAUGCUCGUGAGAGGGAUCGAACCAAUUCUGUCAACACAGCAUUCACCGCGCUACGUACGCUCAUCCCUACUGAGCCUGCAGACAGGAAGCUGUCAAAGAUUGAGACACUUCGCUUGGCCAGCAGCUACAUCAGUCAUCUGGGGAACGUUUUGCUCCUGGGUGAGGGACUUCAUGACGGACAGCCCUGCCACGCUCCAUCGCCACCGUUCUUUCACGUCAACUCCUCCCCAAACAGAGGAUCUGACCAAUCAGGCCAGCCCAAGCACAUCUGCACAUUCUGCCUCAGCAACCAAAGGAAAAUGAACAAAGACAGAGACAGGAAGACAGCCAUCCGAAGUUAACAACCAUGCACCGCCUGGGCGUUUCUUUUUUGAAUACAGCAAACUGAGGACUCAUCAGACAUGUGAUGCAUUUCAGAGACUUUUCAACGAGUACUGCAGCACUUCUUGUACUUUGUACACAAACGUUACAAAACGUCUCUUUGUAUAGCUCUUUCUACAGCGCUCUUAAGGAACCCUUUGAGUUUUUCACUUUGGAAAAACAGCAUUUGGAGACCGUCUUUGACAUGCAUAUAAAACCCAUGAAGACCCUUUAAUUGUGGGACUUUUUUUUACUGUCGUGUAAAGAGCCUUUGGCACAUGAUCACAGAAACACACAAACCUAUGAAAGACAAAUUUGUUUUCAUCAAAAGCUGUGUUAUUAAUGUGUAAACUGUAAUAUAGAUUUAUAUUUAUGUGACAUAACAUUAUAUAAUGAAACUGUUAUUUAACAGGCAUAUCAAAUUCUUGGAAAAUAAUUAUUAAGAGUGGCCUGCGUGCAAAAUGUUGCCACUGUUCACAAGUGUAUGGCAUUAUCUUGUGGUUACAUGCUGGAAUUAAUGGUUGUGGUUGUCUUUUUUUCUAAGAAUAGGUUUUGUGUUGUGAUGGAAAAAUAACUAA